CUAUUAAAUGCAGAAUACAAGACGAAAAGUUCAGAAUUUUGCUUAAAGCCCUGUAAUGAGUUUGCCUACAUUACAUUUAUGUGGGCGGAACUUUACACAGGUGAAAAAAUCUUAAAAUACGAAAAACUUCCCGAUUUAGGUAUCAAGCUGUCUUCAUUUGAGCAACGCAUGCUAAGAAAGCAAUGAAACGCGGGCUACAUGAUAGAACUUCUAAGUAGUUGUGGUCUAAAAUCUAAUCAUUUUUAUAUUUUAGACUACUCGCUCAGUUAUCGUAAAGAAUUUGCAUGAAAUCAAAACUGCAGUCACACACGGUAAACCUCCCAACGCGAUACCACCGAACGGAUUAUACGAUUCGAAACCUGUCUUCAAGACGUUCUCACCUGAGCUUAACUUAGUGUAAAGACUGUAUUUGGGCCGUACUGUAAUGAUUUAGCACAGCUAGUUAUCACGAAGACAUUAAGUUGACAGCAAUGAACAGAUUUCCCUCUGUUAUUAAUAUUUAUGCCUACUACAAGCUAAUUCCAGCUGAUGUUCGAAAAUCAACAACUACGACAACAACUACGACAUACAUGACAACGCCGACGUCACAAACGGACACAUCAAGCACAGCCUAUUCGUCAAUCAUGGCAAUGCGGAAUAAAAACACAAGACAGUUCACAACCAAAGGAGACAUUAUUACUAUAAAGGAAAGUCUUUCUACGACACGUCCGUUAACGGGAAAUCUAUGUCAACAAAAAAUACCGAAACGACAGAUAUCGCUACCACACCAUUCAACAACAAAUGUGGUGACGGCAUUUUUGUGACAACAAAUGGAUCAAUAAUGUACACACAAAAAAAUCAAAAUAAAAACAGGUGUGGGCGUUGUCAUUGGAAACUUACUCUUCCACGACGACAGAUAAUCAAACUUUAUUUCAAUGUAUUCAACUUUGAUCCGAAGUUGUAUAGCUGCGUUGAUUCAACUGUGACGGCAACUGUUGGAGAGUCGGUUGUCGGAAUAUUUUGUAGUCAAAUAACGCCGAUUAAUCAAGAAAUCGUCGUUAAAACAGACCAUAUACGUAUUGACGCAUCGAUUUUUUGGAAAACAAAAAAUAAUGACGGUUUUGAGAUUAUCUAUGAACUCGUGUAGCAAAUAACGAAUGUUUAACACGAAAUAGAGAGUGAAUAAUUAAAGAAGUUUUUUGUGCAACAAAAAUUCUCGAACGCGA